AUGGCGGCUUGGCGGGCUCUCGCGGUCAUAUUUGAUUUCUUAGCCGCCUGCUGCAACACUUCCUUCUCAGCGACGAGAACACACACAAACAACAAGACAUACACAUCACUCGACAUGGCUAUCACAUACACCGCCAACCAACUUCUCUCCCGCCGCUACAUCCUUACCGCCGCCUCCACACCAAUCACCCUCUCCAUCGACCUCAUGGCCCUCCGAACGGUGCAAGAUCUCGUCGCCCAGCGCGAGCUGGCAGAGGCCCAGCGGUACGCCACCGCCAUCAACACAUACGAUGACAGCAGCAUCGAUGCUCUAUGGCAACGCAUCAUCAACAUCAAUCGAGGCAGCGGGUGGUGGCCGCUGAGCCGCGCCGCCACCCACGCGCGCCAACAGCUCACGCUGCGCCGCAACCUCCGCGAGUUCAACCGGGCCCGCGCAGCCCACCACCACCAGACAAGCACUUUGUCGCCAGCAGAGAGAUGGGCCUUGCGCCGAGCGCGCAACAUCCGCCGCCAGCAGCAGUGGCAACGACGACAGGCUCGACGCCACAAUUGA